AUGAAUAUUGAACAAAAUGACGAACCAAAAUGGUGUUGGCAAUCAAAUUCUAAUCCAUUUUUAUACACUGAGAGACCUGAAUGGAGAGAAUAUCCGUCAGCAGUGAAUGAACAAAUUGAAAAAGCAUUUCAGAGCGGUGAACGUGAAGUAAUAAUUAAUGACCAAUAUCUUAUUUGUUUUGAAGAUAACCUUCAAAUAAAUUUACAUGAUUCAACAAAAAAACGACCUGUUGAAAGGUGUUUAUUGUCAGAAGAAAUUAAAAAGAGUUCAAGGCGAGAACGAUUUAUAAAUGGGGAUACACCUGAACAAUUCAUACCUGGAUUCAUGAACGAUGACAUACGGGGACAUGGUGAUAGAUUUAUUCGUGAAUGGGUGAGAAUAUUUGGUAGACGUGAAAGAAGUGAAAUUGUUGAUGCAGCUGUUUAUGGAAUAAUAACUGAAGGAACAAAAGAAAAACAAUUGAGAGCGACUAAAUUAUAUGUGUAUCAUUUAUUAAGUGUCCGUAAUCAGAGCAUGGAUAGAAUUCAAGAAUGUUGCGUAAGACUUUAUACGCAUGCACAUUUUCUCUAUCGAAUUGUAAAUAAAGCAUUACGUGAAAAUGAUGAGACAAAAUUAUCAACAUUAGGACCAUUCUGUUAUUUACUUUAUAAUUUUACGCGAAAACGUAUUGACCCUACAAUUGCUAAAAGAGAAUCAUUUUCUAGGCUUGAUAAAAUAGUAAAUCGAUUGAGAAGUGACGAAAGGAUAAUACAUGUUUAUCGCGGUGAACCAGCUGAAAAUAUUAAUGUAUUCAAGAGAAUGAUCGAUAAUGGCCGAUAUAAAUGGUCACAAUUUAUUUCUACAUCAAAAAUUCGUAAGGUUGCAGCUGAUUUUGCUGGUAGAGGAGGAUGUUUAUUAGUAAUUCAAGCCGAAUAUCGGACGUUAAUCGACAGAGGUGUAGAUAUAUCAUCUCUUUCGGAGUUCCCAUAUGAAGAAGAAGUUCUACUAAGACCGGGUGUUCAAUUUGAAGUUACAGGAUCAGAAUAUGAUAGAGUUAAUGAUAAUAUGAUAUUCUACGUUAGAAUUCUACCAUCUUAUCUUGCUUUUUAA